UGUGAUCAGAUCUAAUCCUGACUCUGAGCAGAGUUCUUGCUUCAACAGUGUUUGAACGGAACCCUCUCUGAGUCCUUUGCUUUUUUUCCAAACAUCUUCCAAUCUUAUUUUCUCUGACUUUUUUGCGCCACCCAAAACCACCGAAACGCCGAAAUGGGGUCCCAGGUGCGCCAGAACUACCACAGCGACUGCGAGGCUGCUGUCAACCGUAUGUUGAACUUGGAGCUGUACGCUUCCUACACCUACUCCUCCUUGUAUGCCUUUUUCGAUCGUGACGAUGUUGCCCUUCACAAUGUGGCCGAGUUCUUCAAGGAGCACAGUCAUGAGGAGAGGGAGCAUGCCGAAAAGUUCAUGAAAUAUCAAAACAAGCGUGGGGGGCGCGUUGUCCUGCAGGACAUCAAGAAACCAGAACGUGAUGAAUGGGGUAACACCCUGGAUGCCAUGCAGGCUGCUCUGCAGCUGGAGAAGACUGUGAACCAGGCUCUUCUGGACCUGCACAAGCUGGCAACGGACAAAGUUGACCCCCAUUUGUGUGAUUUCCUGGAAUCUGAAUAUUUGGAGGAACAGGUGAAGGAUAUUAAACGCUUUGGAGAUUUCAUCACCAACCUGAAACGCCUUGGGUUGCCCGAGAACGGCAUGGGCGAGUACCUGUUUGACAAGCAUAGCGUGAAAGAGAGCAGCUAAGCUGUGUACCACCCACGAGGAUCCAGACUGUCUACUUUCCAUCUAUAUUCCUUUUACUAUCUGUGUGACAUCAUAUGACAAAAUGUAGCUCUCUUACACCUACUGUGAUCCUAUGUUUAAUAAUGCAGCAGAAGCUGUGCUUGUCAACAAGUUUCUAUUCUAAUAAAGUCUUUCAGCAUCUAUA